GAGAUGGCUCGGCAGCACUCCACGUGCGGCUCUGCCAAGAAAGGCGGCGAGCUGGGCUGGCUCAGCAGGGGGACCUUCUUUCCCCAGUUCGAGACGGCGGCCUUCGCAGCCCCUGUGGGCGGCCUGGCCCGGGCCACCACGGGCCGAGGAUUGCACGUGAUCAAGGUGCUUGAGGAGAGGUACCAGUCAGCCGUGCAGCAGAUCUCCCCCCAGGACCUGUCCGAGCUGCUGUCCAGUCCGCCACUGCUGGAGGAGGUGCAGUUGGUGGACGUGCGGGAGGAGUGGGAGUGGCAGACGGCCCGACUGCCUGGGUUUCAGUUGCUGCCCCUCAGCGACUUCAACUCCUGGGCCCCGGACAUUCGCAACCGUCUGGAUCCGGAGCGGGAGACGGUGGUGCUGUGCCACCACGGAGUGAGGUCCAUGCAAAUGGCGCAGUUCCUUGUCCAGAACGGCUUCACCAACGUUAAGAACGUCAACGGUGGCAUCGACGCCUACUCCAGGGUAGACCCCUCCGUACCGCUGUACUGA